AUGGCUGCUGAUGGCGAGCCCUCGGAUGGCGUGGAGGCCGCGCCACAGGACUUGGCUGCGCUAAUCGCUGAGAACUUGCGCCUUAAGGAGGAGCUGUUGAAGCUCUCGAAGGAGGGUUACACCCUUUCCAAGCCGCCGGGCGACGCACCGUCGUCAGUCUACAGACCGCCCUGGCAGUCCCAGGCGAGGGAGGCUGCGCAGGCCACGCUACGGCCAAAACCGUCACAGAGCCAGGGGGCGGUCCUGUGGGCACCACCAGUAGUCAGCGCUCCGGAGCGGAGCAGCAUAUUGAGUAGGAACGGCGCAGCCUCAGCGCCAUCCUUGGGCCUAGCCUCAGGGGAGCCGUCGUCGAUUCAGGAUCUCAGACAGUCUCUUCUGCAGAUUACAGGCAGCCUUCCAGAAGCCUUUAAGGCUCUCGACGCCAAGGGGACGUCGACUCUGGAUAUGCCAACUAUGACUCGCGUGCUCGAAGCACUAGAGGCGAAGUCUGGGAAACCGCUGCCAACCGCAGCCUCGGUCUUUACCGCAAUGUCCCUGGGCUACGACGAGGCGAUUUCCAUCCCGAAACUCCUGGAGUUCAAUCCGGCCAAGCAGCGGAGCGCGCUGCGACAGAUGGACACCCAGGCCUUGUGGAAAGCCUACACGAAGGAGAAGUCGGCGCACACCCGAUCGCUGGACCGGGGCCCGCGCUGGAAGCCGAACGCGAAGUCAGAGCGGCCCCUACCACCAGACUCCUGGGCUGAACACCUGGAGGCCGUCCGGCGGCGAAGAGAUUUGAGGAAACAGUUUCGUGAAGAUCGGCAAGGGAUAAAAGCGGAACAAAAGCGCGAGCUCAUCCUCGGGGUGUCGCCGUACGAGUCCCACAUCGGGAUGAGGGAGCAAGAGCACCGGAAUCUGGAGGUUCAUCGCCAGCGCAUUCAGAAUGCCAUCCGGGGCUGCUCCCGAGCUCGCUUCAACCUGGUAGAGAUCCAGAAGCAGAUGGCAGGCCUCGUCAAAGACAACACCGAGGUCUCCUCGGCUCUUCAAGGCAUCUUCCGAAACAAGCUGCAGUUCAG